AUGCAGCGGCUGUGGCCUAUAGGACAUGUGGCAAGGAUCCAGAAUGCUGUCAGGAUUGUCCAAGCAGCAUGUAAAUCCACGCAGCCUGUACCUUCUCCUAAUCUAGUCGAGGUCUUUGUGGAUGACAAGCAAGUUUUCGUGGAGCCGGGUACUACGGUUUUACAGGCAUGUGCAGUGGCAGGUGUGGAAAUUCCCCGGUUCUGCUAUCAUGAUCGACUCUCAAUCGCUGGCAACUGUCGCAUGUGCUUGGUUGAGGUGGAGAGAUCUGCCAAGCCUAUUGCCUCGUGUGCCAUGCCAGUCAUGAAGGGGAUGAGGGUCAAGACUGAUUCUCCACUGACCAGAAAAGCCAGGGAAGGAGUGAUGGAGUUUCUGCUUGUCAACCAUCCCUUGGACUGCCCCAUUUGUGAUCAGGGAGGUGAAUGUGAUCUGCAGGACCAGUCUAUGGCAUUUGGCAGUGACAGAAGCAGGUUUACAGACAAUGCUUUCAGUGGAAAACGUGCUGUAGAAGACAAGGAUAUUGGACCGCUGGUGAAAACCAUCAUGACACGAUGCAUUCAUUGUACCCGCUGUAUCAGAUUUGCCAGUGAGGUUGCUGGUGUCGAUGACCUUGGUACUAGUGGCAGAGGGUCGGACAUGCAGGUUGGCACAUAUGUGGAGAAACUGUUCAAAUCUGAAUUGUCUGGAAAUGUCAUUGACCUUUGCCCUGUAGGCGCGCUGACCUCCAAGCCCUAUGCUUUUACUGCUCGUCCUUGGGAGACAAGAAAAGUGGAAAGCAUUGAUGUUCUGGAUGCUGUUGGCAGCAACAUCGUUGUCAGCAUGAGAACCAAUGAAGUCAUGAGGAUCUUGCCCAGACUCAAUGAGGAUGUUAACGAGGAGUGGAUUUCAGACAAGACCCGUUUUGCCUAUGAUGGCCUGAAGAGACAAAGACUGACUACACCAUUUGUUCGAAAUAAGGAUGGUGUUCUGGAGGCUGCAGACUGGGAGUCAGCCUUCAUCAGAGUGGCAGAGAGGGUGAAGGCAUGUGAAGGGAAAGCGAUAGCUGGCAUUGCUGGCAGUCUGGCUGAUGCUGAAGCACUGGUGGCCCUCAAAGAUAUGUUGAACAGGCUGGGCUCUGAGAAUCUCUUCACAGAGGAAAUGUUUCCAGUGACAGGCUCAGGCACUGACUUCAGGUCAAACUAUAUCAUGAACACCAGUAUCGCAAACAUAGAGGAGAGUGAUCUGGUACUACUAGUGGGUACGAACCCACGACUAGAAGCUUCACUUGUCAAUGCUCGAAUCAGAAAGACGUGGGUGCACAGUGAUCUAUGUGUGUAUAUGGUAGGAGCCCCAGUUGAUCUGUCAUAUGACUACGAGUAUCUGGGAGACAGUUUUAAAGUUCUGGAAGACAUAGCUUCAGGAAGUCACCCUCUUGCUAAAGCUUUAGAACAGGCAAAGAAGCCAGUGAUCAUCCUAGGCAGUGCUGGCUUGCAGCGAUCAGACAAUGGAGUCAUCUACAACACAGUGAGGCGGAUAGCAGCCAAUGCCACCAAGCAUCUUGAGGACAAGGAUUGGAAGGUGUUCAACUACCUGCAUCAGAGCGCCUCACAGGUCGGUGCCCUGGACCUUGGCUAUCGGCCAGGAGUUGGUGCAGUGAAAGACAUUCAGCCACGUCUGGUGUUUUUGCUGGGAGCAGAUGCUGGAGCCGUCCAGACGAGCGACUUGUCAUCUCCUGCUACCGUAGUUUAUAUUG